CUUUACUCCUUAGGGCGCACUGCCAAUUGUUAAGUUAGAGUGAUUCGAACCGUGCUAGAGUUCAGUAGUUUUACAACUACAUACUAUAUUUGCCAAUUAGGUUUUUGUUCAGCGUAUCUAGAAUGGUUCUUGCUCUAUUUGUGGUGCUUCUGGUGUCAGGAAGCGUUUUUGGAAAUCAUUGGACUUAUAACGAUGAAGGAGAAUGGUCAAACUUAUGUCAAACUGGAAAAAGCCAAUCUCCCAUAGCGCUGACCAGGUCAAUAGCAAUCCUGAAAGAAUUCCAUCCGUUUUCUAUGCACGGCUACGGUCAAAGUACUACGGCUUUGUUACAAAAUAAUGGACAUUCAGCCGAAGUAAGACUGCAAAACAUCGAAGCUCCAACAGUGCAUGGUGGAGGUUUACCAGGAACUUACCAACUUGACCAUUUACAUUUUCAUUGGCAAUCUGAACAUACAAUGAAUAAUUAUAGAUUCCCUUUAGAACUUCACUUGGUACACUUCGAACAAAAACACCGCAACCUUAGUGAAGCAGUAAAACAUCCUCAUGGUGUAGCAGUGCUUGGAGUUCUUUUUGAUCUGUCUCUUGAUGACGAUGAAGAUUUCCAACCUCUCUUAGAAAUCAUCGACAAUCUUAAAGAAACCGUCGGAGAACCCAGACAUUUGAAAGAUGUAUUCAGUGCCAAAAGCUUCCUUCCUAGAGACAAAGGGGGAUUUUAUCGGUACCAAGGCUCGCUGACUACUCCAGGGUGUAACGAGGGUGUUAUUUGGACCGUUUUUACCAAUACUUUACCAAUUUCACCUAAACAGGUUAAAAUAUUUGAAGCUAUGCAAACAGAAGAAAAAACCGCUCUAACGAAAAACUACAGAUCUUUGCAGGCGCUCAAUGACAGAACUGUUUAUUUAAGGGUUAGUCCGAUGAGAUCAAGUGCAACUUCGCUUGAAUUGUCUGUGAUGUUAUUAGGUUUAAGUGUUUUAUAUUCAAAACUGUGUUAGAGAUUUAUUUUGAAGUACCCUAACUCCGUCAUUUAUGUUUUAAUAUUUUUGUUGACCAACACAGGAAGGUACUUAAGCUGAAAUAUUAUGCAUUUUUAAAUUGUUAGCUAGUUUUUAAGGAAAUUGUAUAUUAAAAUGAUUAAAGUUAAUGAAGAAAUUGUAAUUUUGUAUUAAAAUCAUGAAAUUUCAA